AUGUUCAAUAUAUUGCUUAUAUUUCUUUUAUGCAGCAUAAAGACUGACAUUUCAUCAUGCAGUAAAUAUUAUGCAAUAGAAACAGAUCUCAGUGAGGAAGAAUUGGAUUCAUUUGUACAUGAACAUGGGGGUUUAGUUACUGGAAAGGUUCCUUUCCAAAAUGUUUACGAAGUUACUUCAAGAGAUUAUAGUGACAGUCACUGGGAGCAAUAUGGUUUCUACAGUCGUUCAAAAAGGAGUAUAGAAACAUUUGAGACCAGAAUAAAAAGUCAUCCACAGAUUCAAAAUGUGAAAAGUCUUGAUAUCUUACACAUUCAGAAGAGAAUACCUUUCAUUACCAAUGAAUUUGAUAAGGAUUCACACAAAAAAUUGAAACAAGUUAAACUGCCUGUAGAAAUGCGCACCAAGUAUGAUGAAAAUUACAACCAAGAUUAUGUUCAAUAUGCAGAUAAAAUCAGAAGGGCUAUUAAUGUGAAUGAUCCUGCAGCACAAUUUGCAUGGCAAUAUCUGAAUGAUGGUAAAGGCGUCAGCCCAUUGGUUGGAUUGGAUAUGAACUUAUAUCCAGUAUUCUUAGAGAAUAUAACUGGUAGAGGAGCAAAUGUUGUUAUUAUUGAUGAUGGACUGGAUACAACACAUCCAGAUUUAAAAGCAAAUUACGAUGAAACAAUAUCAGCUAACAUGGAUAGACCUGAGACGAAUGGUUUAAGUCCUCGUGGACCACGUAAAAUAAUCCCUGAGAAUGAUGGUCAUGGAACAAGAUGUGCUGGUCUUGCUGGUGCAGUGGCAAACAACAGUUUUUGUUCUCAUGGUGUAGCACCAAACACUAAAUUAGGAGGUAUACGCAUUUUAACUGCUCCAGUUACAGAUAUUUUAGAGGCUAGAGGAUUAUCAUAUCAAGCAGAACUAAUUAAUAUAUAUUGUUCAUCAUGGGGACCAUCAGAUGAUGGUAUCACGAUGGACUUGCCACAUGAAUAUGCAGAAAAAGCACUCAGUCAUGGUAUUGAAAAGGGUCGACAUGGUUUAGGUUCAAUUUAUGUCUUUGCUUCUGGAAAUGGUGGUGUCUUUGGUGAUAGUUGUGGAGCAGAUGGAUUUGUCAGUUCACCAAAUGUUAUCGCUGUAUCAGCUACUGAUAAUAUCGGUCAAAAAACUGUAUAUUCUGAAGCAUGUGCUGCAGUUCGAGUGUCUGUACCUGUUGGAGGAUCACCUGAUGAGUUGGAAACAAAUAUUCUUCCGACUACAAUGGAGAACGGUAAAUGCAUGCAAACAUUUAUUGGAACUUCUGCAGCUGCACCAAUGCUCUCUGGAUGUAUUGCUCUAGCACUAGAAGCAAAUCCUAAACUAACAUGGCGUGAUGUAGCGCAUCUUCUACCUUGGAGUGCCCGUAUUCCUAAUCCAGCUGAUAAGGGAUGGACAGUCAACGGAGCUGGAUUAAUUCAUCAUCCAUAUUUCGGUUUUGGUACAAUCGACUGCUAUCGUAUGGUAUACCUAGCUAAACAAUGGAAUUUAGUUGGACCAUUGUGUGUAUUAACCUAUGACAGUGAAAUACAUAAUGUGCCUGAUAAAUGGGCCAGUUUACAAGGGGCUAAACAACCAAAUGCGAAACAUUUAUUUCAAUGUGAUGACAAUUGCAUAUCAGCGAUUGCUCAAGAAUAUGAAACACAAUAUACAAGAAGCUGGCCAAUUAGGUCAAAAUCAGAAACUAAAGUUCUUUUAAAUGUAACCAAUUUAAACGGUAUAACUCAAUAUUCAACACCACAAAAUAUUCCAGAAAAUACAAAAUGUCAUGUAGAUAUUGUUGAACAAGUAAUUAUUCAUGUGAAAUGGAAACAUUCAUGUCGUGGAAGUUUAAAAUUCCAUUUGAUUAGUCCAUCUGGUACUGAUGCAAUGAUAUUAGAUUACCGAAAAUUGGACACAUAUUCUGGUGAAAGUUCAAUGAUUUUCUCAUCGGUUGUUCAUUGGGGUGAAAAAGUCUCUGGUUUAUGGAAAUUAAUAGUCAAGGAUUUGGGAAAAUGUGAUACAAAACAUCUAUCUGUUGGCACUAUUAAUGGCUUUAUUACAGGUGUUACAAUUAAAAUACGUGGAACAUCAGAAAAUGUUAGUGGAUUUACUAGAAAUAAUCGAUUAUUAACUCCAUUACUUACACAUGUUGGUACAGUUGCUAUACAAUCUCAUAUUGGUCAUCAGUUGACUUCACAAGAAAUUGAAGAGACGUAUAAUGAGCAAAGAAUUUCAUCAUUGAAUCUUUCAAUAAGUAGCUACUAUAAUAAUACUUGA